AUCCGCAAAAACUUUCUUCAUUUAUUAUUGUGUUGUAACUUUGAUCUACUGUAGCUCAAAAACUGUACAUUAUUUUGUAUUUUCGCAUUAAAAUUUUUUGUUCAGGAGGUCUUUGACUAUAAAACUACUGAGUUUCAGAAGAUUUGACCGAAAUCCGCAUUUUCUGUACAAAAAGUGUGGGGUCCUUUCCCGAUGUGACUAUGCUAAAAUAAUUGAACUUACCGAACAUUAUAUUCCUAAAUUAAAGGCUUAAUGUCUCUAAAUACCAAAAAUGAUUUCAACUGUACAAAAAAGUCGGUUUUAGCCAAACCUCAGCGAUCCUGUUCCUCUGAGCAUAGAUACACUGUACCAUUUAUUACAGGCUGCUAAAACCUGUUUAUACAGAAUAAAUACACAAAAUGGUUCAAUUGGUGAAGUAUAUGUGCAGAACUUGUACGGUAUUUUAAAAACAAAUGUAAACAAUAACCACGGGAAGCUCCGUCACACCUGAUUCUAUAGAAAUGAUAUAGGUAUUUUUUUUACAAUUGAUUAACAAAUGUUUGCUUUCUACAGAGUGUGUGUAUUUAUAACAUACUAAUGCAGUGACAUAUGUCAGUGUGUCGUGAUUCAGGGGCGUGACACAAGGCGGAGUUUGUCAGUUCCCUCUUCUGAAUGUGCUACUUCAUCCCCACCAUUCUGUCUUACAACGCCCCAAACCUACGAUAAAAUUUCUGCCCUUCUAAUACAAAAUCCUACAACACAUCCCAAUGAUUCAAUAGACGAUGUGCAUGUUUCUGUUCCGAGAUAGAUGUGUCCUGACUUGGUGGGGCAAAUUCGAAGCAUAUAACAGUCUCCACCGGGCCAUCGGACAAGCUAGAUACAUUCUGCAUCAAUUUAGCUCGAGAAUUUUUAUAGAUGAAUUCCGCUUAUGAAUUAUUCAAUUGAUAGAUAUAAGAAUAGUUCUGUAAUUAAUUUUAUCGAGUGAAACAAGUUGUAACAAACGAUACGUAUUUACCGUACUUCAAAAUUAUGUUCCCACGUGAUUAAGCGACAGAAAACCUUUAUAUAGUGAAGUAAUAAUGUAAUUUUAAAUUACAAUUAUUUGUGAAAAGUUCCUCCAUAUAAAGAAAAUUUUUAGUUUUGGAGACCAUAAGUGAUUAGUUAUGAAGACUGAGAUCGUGAGAAGUGCUGAUCAUGAGGACAAUUUGGAGUGCGUAAACAAUAAUAAUGUUGAUAAAAUGAGUAAAACUCUUAGUGUAGUAAAUUGUAAUAAUAAAGGCAGUGUGUUUGUAAUGGACUGUGGAGGUUGUGGAGAAAAUGUUGACGAACAAACUGUUCUGUGUGUGGGUGGACGUUCUUGGCAUUCUAAAUGUUUAAGGUGUUUCAUAUGCGCAAGAUCUCUACACGAUCAUCACUCCUGUUUUCUAAGAAACAUGCGACUAUAUUGCAGGCAUGAUUAUGUCCUAAAUUUCGGAACCAAAUGUGCAAAAUGCGGUAGAAAUAUGGGAGCUGGCGAUUGGGUGAGAAGAGCAAGAGACAGAGUUUACCAUUUAGCUUGCUUUGCCUGUGAUGCUUGUUCACGACAAUUAUCAACUGGAGAGCAUUUCGCCUUACUAGACGCACGAUUACUUUGCAAAACACAUUAUUUGGAUGUAAUUGAGGGCAACAACAGUAGUUCUUCAGAAGAUUGUGACUCUGAGCAUGGCGGGAAAUACAGUAAAUCAAAAAGAGUUAGAACUACUUUUACAGAGGAACAAUUAGCCAUUCUUCAAGCCAACUUUCAAUUAGAUAGCAACCCCGACGGACAGGACCUCGAAAGGAUAGCGAACGUCACUGGUUUAACAAAGAGAGUGACACAAGUAUGGUUUCAAAAUUCAAGAGCAAGGCAAAAAAAGCACAAUGGAAAAAUAAAAUCUCCAAUCUAUCAUUCUUCACCAUUACAGCACCAUACAAGUGAUAUUUAUCAAAAUGCAAUUAAUGUUGAUCAGAAUCAUGGAAGUCCAAAGUCUUUUAUGAACCUCUCGACACCAGUAACACCAUCAACACCCGGAUAUCUUCAAAUUGAAUAUGACUAUCAGAGCGGCUAAUCUUGUAGACUUCCUUUCAUGAUUGCAUAAAAUCUGUAUUUUACAGUUGGAUAUUAAUUACUAUCCAUCCUCUUGAAUUAUUGUAAAUAAAAUUUGUAAAUAUUAGAAAGCUUACUUCAUCAUAUAAGUUUGAAAAAUAUUCCUACGUUCUACGAUUUUAAAAUCUAGUGUUGCAUGUCAAACGAUUUUCGAUCGGUAAAUUCUCGACAAAGUCGAGCAUAUAGUCAAAAUAAAAAUUAAAGUAAUUGAAUUUUAUCGCUUUCUCUCACCUCUUUUAUAAAAGGAGACGAAAAGACAAAUUAUAUUUAUUUGUUAGACAUGCAUCACUAUAAAAACUGUGUCCGUAUACAUAUAUUAAUAUUUAUCCAUUGUUCAUCAUGCAAUAUAAUUUGUAGUAAUAAUUUUUCCAAACUGCACCUCUUCAUUAGCAUUG